UUGGCCUUUUUAGCUGAUAAAUAGAGAGGACCACACCCCAACUAAAAACAAUCAAACGAAAGCAAUAAAAUGUCAUCCAAUAAAGAAGAAGCAGGGGAGAGAGAGAUAGAAUUACUGCAGGAAAGAGGUAUGUGUCCAUAUACUGAGGAAGGGAAAAAUGGUCGUGUACCCGGUUUUGUUAAGAGGGUACACUGUGCCUCGCUGUCUCGCAUGUGAAGAAGUUGUGGCUUUCUCUUCUCUCUCUUACAUGCACCAACUAUAAUCCCCAAACCCCAACUGGCAAUUUUUCUCCAUUCUUAAUUUCCUCUCUUCCUCCUUUCACUCACCACAAAGUUUUAUUUACUCUUUCUCAUUACAAAAAAUAUUACCAAAAUGAACGUUUUGGCUUCAGAAUGCACCAGUGGCUGUGAGUCUGGGUGGACUCUCUACUUAGAGCAAUCUAAUUUUGCUUCACAUAGGAAUACUAAUAAGUUUGUUGAUGGUAAGGCUGGUUUUUCUGAACAAGAUUUUCAACGUUGUGAUGAUGAUGAAGAGGAAAGUUUAUCUAUGGUUUCUGAUGCGUCUUCUGGACCUCCAACUUUCCAUGAAGAUGAUGUGUGUUUCAAUGAUGUUGAUAGAUACCACCAGCAACACCCUCCUUCUUCCAAGGCUACAACUCCACGAGUGGCCAAUGGUAGUGGGAAAAUAAGGCUGAAAAAGAAAGAAAAAAGAAGCCGCGAAAAACAAGAACUUCUGCCUUCUUUUCUUGACGACACUGCUAGUUCUCCAGUCAUCAACUUCUCCUCCAAGAAUAAUUUUGGUGCUGUAAACAACAAUCAGGCAUCAAUGGAGAGUGUCUUAGAUUAUUCUCAAGGGUACUCUGCAACUGACUUUCAGGGGAGAUCUGCAUUUCAAGACCCUUUUGCUUUCUUGCAAUCUCCUCACUCUGGAAACCAUGUUCAAAAUAACCAGUGGUUAUAAAGGGUAAUUAAGAGGAAUGAUGGAGAUGAGAUAAGGAUGAUUUCCAUCAGUUGCUGCUCUUCCUGCUGCAUGCUAUUGCAGAAAUGUUGGUGUUGAAGUUGCACUAAAAGAGAUGGUUUAGAGAGUUAGUUGUCAAAUUAAAAACUCAAAAGCAAAUGGAUGUCAUCAAAUUAAGAGGAUCUUGUUGCUUCCUCUUUUUCUUUUUCAAGUUUUCCUAAUUUUACCUGUCAAUGCAGUGGGAAACAACCAACGAUGAUGAGAGCAAAAGUUAGAGAUAAAUUUCUUGUUUUCAAAAUUAAAUUAUCUUGUCAAUGAAUAGUGGGUGCAAAUGAGCUGAAUUUUGUCCUUUAGGCCGCCUCUUGUGCAAUUAUGCACAGUCCUCCUUUUUUAAUGGAGCCCCAUGCCCUCUUUAUUUCACCACCACUAGCUUUCUCUCCUACUCUUAUCAUAAAUAACCAGUACAGCAGCCUCAUUAUAAAAUCAAGCAUAUGAAAGCCAUUUGCCUCUUAAAGCCAAGGAGCAAACAAAUAAUAAGCAACUGAUGCAUAAUACAAUUAAUGUAAUCAUUCAGUAAUGCACAUUAACAAAUGCAUACAAUUCUUUAACUCAUAAAUCUAAUUAUUUUAUAUACAAAAGAAGGGACACAUGCAAACAAUUGUUUGCUGGAUUCUCAGUAGAAUAUGAGAAAGAUCCUAAUGCAGAUCUGAUAAUUGAUUAGGUGGGAUUUGCGGAAAUCUAUUAUGAAAGUGAAAAGUUUGAUGAGUAGAAGUUAUGUGUCCAUCAGACAAAGAUCCAUCCACAUUGAUACUUCGUAUUUUCUCAUAAUAAAUCACAAAAUGAAAAGAAAAAUGAGACAAGGUAGAUGAUGGGAGAUCAGAGUGAAGGAAAUGACAAACUCAAUGUUGGAAUAUUUCAUAUGCAUCUCCAUGACCCUUUUUUGAAGCCCUGAAGAUCCUGCCUGUGAUUUUCCUGACCCAAUGGAACAUGCUCCAUUUAAUUUAAUGUGUACUCUUUAUCUCAUUUGUAAGGAUCUUAUUAUUAAACCAUUUUGUUUAUUCAAU